AUGUUACAUUGGUUCUGGUUUGAUUUUGAUAGUGCUGCCCCACCGGUACAAGCCUGGAGAAGGAGAUUAAACAGCCAUGCCAAUAUUCUCAAGGAAUUCACCGUUACUUUUAAGGAAGCAAUACAGAUGGUUAGAUUGGGUAUACGGCUAUGGUCUUAUGUCAGAGAGGAAGCAUCUCAUGGAAGGAAAGCACCUAUAGAUCCCUUCACCAGAGAAAGUUGCAAGCCAUCAGCAUCUCAGGGUGUUCCACUAGGAGGAAUGGGAAGUGGAAGCAUAUCCAGAGGUUUUAGAGGCGAGUUCAGGCAGUGGCAAAUUGUACCUGGUAUAUGUGAAUCUUCACCAGUCAUGGCCAAUCAGUUCUCUGUAAAUCUCUACCUUUCUCAACCUACCAUCUAUUUGCUUCAUGCUUUAAUUUUUAUAUCACGAGAUGGAGGGAACAAAAAUUAUGCUUCAGUUUUGGCUCCUGGCCAACAUGAAGGGAUAGGGAAAGCUGGUGAUCAGGGCAUAUCAUCGUGGGGUUGGAACUUGAGUGGCCAGCAUUCCACUUACCAUGCUCUAUUUCCUAGAGCAUGGACAAUAUAUGAUGUUGGUGAACACUGGGAAGGAAAGAGCCAAAGUCAGCCUUUCCUUUACAUGGGCGAGGGGACGAUGGAGUCUCUGGCGACUGCAAAGAGCAGCCCUCCUGUUACAUUUGCAAUUGCGGCGUGUGAAACUCAGAAUGUAAGUGUCACUGUUCUGCCGAACUUUGGGCUGUCUGAAGGAAGUUGUAUCACGGCAAAGGACAUGUGGGGUAAAAUGGUGCAGGAUGGGCAUUUUGAUCGGGAGAACUUUAACUGUGGACCAAGCAUGCCUUCAUCACCUGGAGAGACACUUUGUGCUGCAGUUUCAGCUUCUGCCUGGGUGGAACCUCAUGGAAAGUGCACCGUUGCAUUUGCUCUUGCUUGGUCAUCUCCAAAAAUAAAGUUUUUGAAGGGAAGCUCAUACCAUCGGAGGUACACAAAAUUUUAUGGCACUUCGGAAAGGGCAGCUCAGAAUUUGGUGCAUGAUGCACUGACAAAUUACAAGCGGUGGGAGGAAGAGAUUGAGAAAUGGCAAAAUCCUAUCCUCAAUGAUGAAAAGCUACCAGAAUGGUACAAGUUCACAUUGUUUAAUGAGCUCUACUUUUUGGUUGCUGGUGGAACAGUUUGGAUUGGUGCAGAUAAGAGAAAUGGCCAUCAUCGGUCGAUAGAAGUAGACACCACAGGGAUCAAAGUAACUGAAGCCCAAGUAAACUGCAAUGGAGCAUAUCUUGAUCCUCACAGCGAUGAUGUUGGUAGGUUUUUGUACUUGGAAGGAGUAGAAUAUAUCAUGUGGUGCACAUAUGAUGUGCAUUUCUAUGCAUCCUUUGCCCUUCUUGCAUUGUUUCCCAAAAUUGAACUCAAUAUUCAACGUGACUUUGCCAAAGCUGUGUUAUCUGAGGAUGGAAGAAAAGUAAGGUUUCUGGCAGAUGGUCAUCCUGGAAUUCGCAAGGUUAGAGGAGCUGUCCCUCAUGAUCUUGGGACACAUGAUCCGUGGAAUGAAAUGAAUGCGUAUAAUAUACAUGACACAAGCAAGUGGAAGGAUCUGAAUCCUAAGUUUGUGCUUCAGGUGUAUAGAGAUUUUGCUGCAACAGGGGAUAUGUCGUUUGGAGUUGAUGUCUGGCCUGCAGUACGCACUGCCAUGGAAUACAUGGAACAAUUUGAUAGGGAUGAUGAUGGUCUGGUUGAAAAUGAUGGAUUCCCAGAUCAAACAUAUGAUGCAUGGACGGUUCAUGGUGUAAGUGCUUACUGUGGCUGCUUAUGGCUUGCUGCCCUUCAAGCUGCUGCUGCAAUGGCCCUUCAACUAGGCGACAAGUAUUUUGCUGAAUUAUGCAAAAGCAAAUUUGCAAAGGCAAAAUUGGCAUUUGAAUCAAAACUAUGGAAUGGUUCAUAUUUCAACUAUGACAGUGGCUCAAGUAGUAACAGUAAAUCUAUACAAGCUGAUCAACUGGCAGGGCAGUGGUAUAUGGCAUCUUCAGGUUUGCCGCCACUUUUUGAUGAUGUUAAAAUCAGAAGUGCUCUUAACAAAAUAUAUGAUUUCAAUGUAAUGAAAGUUCGAGGAGGUAAAAUGGGUGCUGUAAAUGGGAUGCAUCCAAAUGGAAGGGUGGAUGAAACUUGUAUGCAGUCUCGUGAAAUAUGGACUGGUGUCACCUAUGCUGUGGCAGCUAACAUGAUUCUCUCCGGAAUGGAAGACAAGGCAUUCACUACUGCUGAAGGCAUUUUCACUGCAGGCUGGUCGGAGGAGGGCUAUGGAUACUGGUUCCAGACUCCAGAGGCAUGGACGAUUGAUGGGCACUUCCGGUCCCUUAUUUAUAUGAGACCUCUUGCAAUUUGGGGCAUGCAAUGGGCACUAUCGCUUCCUAAAGCAAUUCUGGAGGCCCCAAAGAUUAACAUAAUGGAAAGGAGCCUUCUAUCUCCUAGUGCAAGAUUCUCCCUCAUUAGCGAAACAGGAGUUAAGAAGAUUGCAAAAAAAGCCAAGAAGCGUUUGAUGGAGUUGGAGUUAUCGCUGAAAAUCCUUUAUUCGUCCAAAAAUAUCCUUGGUUCCAACUGCCUCCGUGUCACAUGUUUUGUAGCUGCCUUUUUGUUCAGCCUUAAUGGGAGCCGGCAAAGUGGGACUUUUAGUGGUCUCAUUCUUGCUUUUAUCCUUUGGCUUUUCACUUUUGGCACUUUGUCAAAAGGAGGAUUCAUAAGAGCAUCAGGCUGCGACGUAAGAGUAAAACGCUGA